GAAAAUUCAGAUGAAUCCUUGUGUUACCAUAACAUUGUCCCUGGUCGUGAAGAACCAAAAAUUGCAUUGGUUUCAACUAAUUAAAUGUAUCAAUAUUGUAAAUAUUUGGGUAGUAAAUUCUAUCCAAAUAUGUUGAAUCAUCAAUGUCUCCUUCCAGCUAUGCAAACAAAUGUAUAAUCUUCCAUAUUAAUUAGAGAAUAUCUUCAAAUUUGUAUAUAACAUACCCAUUCCAAGCAACAAAAGAACAUAGAAUUCUACAUCUACCAUAUUUUUCCAUCUUGUUUGCAUAUUUGUUGCAUCCAAGAAAGCCAAAAAAAAAAAAGAAGAAAAAAUGACAAGAAAGAAAGUGAAGUUAGCCUUCAUCACCAAUGACUCGGCAAGAAAAGCAACAUUCAAGAAAAGGAAGAAGGGUCUGAUGAAGAAGGUGAGUGAAUUGAGCACCCUUUGUGGGAUUGAUGCUUGUGCUAUUAUUUACAGUCCUUAUGACAACUCACCAGAAGUGUGGCCAAACACCAUGGGAGCUCAGCGUGUGCUCGCGGAGUUCAAGAGGAUGCCUGAGAUGGAACAGAGCAAGAAGAUGAUGAAUCAAGAGAGCUUCUUGAGGCAGAGGAUUGCGAAAGCAAAUGAGCAACUGAAGAAACAGAGCAAGGAGAACAGAGAGAAGGAAAUGACUGAAAUUAUGUACCAAGGCUUGACUGGAAAAGGACUACAACAUUUGAAUUUGGGUGAUUUGAAUGAUCUUGGAUGGGUUAUUGAUCAGAAUUUGAAGGAGAUUUACAAGAGGAUUGAGGCGGUUAAAAAGGGGGCUUCGACUUCUUCUUCUGCAGCUGCAGCAAAAUCACACGCGGUUGUUGCUCCACCAGUGGAGCAGGAGCCUGCGGAGGUGGAAUUGGGAUUGGAUGGCAUGCAGAGGACGCAAGCAGAGUGGUUUACUGAUUGGAUGAAUAGCAACACAAGUGAUCAGCAGAUUGGUUUUGGACAUGGAGAUGAGAUGAUUCUGCCCAAUCAUAAUGAUAACCACAGUGCUAAUAUGUGGCCUAAUGAUUUCUAUCCUUAGAUUUAUUUUUCAUGUUAUAUGAUCUCUUUGGCUUGGUGCUUCGUUUCUGGAUUUUUAUGUUUAUUGUU